AUAUUCAACUGCCUAUAUAAAGAUCGUCGAAAUAGUUUGGCCUACACAAGAAUAAGCACAUCGUACGUAUAAAUAUUUCUAUAUGAUGUUAGAAUUUCUAGACAAAGGAAAUCUAAACUGGUUGUUGAAGAAACCAAAGAUCGCUUCAUCUUAUUGCAUGGAAGCUGAGGAAGGUUCUAGAAAAAGAAAGGGUCAAGAAUUUGUAGCAAACGAUGAGGUCGUCAAAAGAUCCGAAUCACAAAACUUUACACAUACUUCGUUUGAUCAGAAGAGAAAAAGAUACAGUGAAGAUUCAACAAAUAUGAAUAAUAAUAUCGAAGAAGGAUAUAGUCACCACCACAUGAGCCUUGAUCUUGAACUCAACUUGUCACCAUCUCUCAUCGAUCUAAAUCAUCAUCAAGAUAAUUACUACAAAAGUUAUGAGGACGAUGAAAGGAAGAAGAAGAUGAUGGAGAAGGAUUUGGUCUUGGGGCUAGAGACAAGGAAAAGCAUGUCUAGGGUUGCUUUUGAUCUCGAUGAAGAUUGUUGCGACCGCGGUGGUGUUGGCGGGGGAAACGAGGAAGAGAUGGUUGCGAGAGUGUGUAUGAAGUGCCAUAUGCUAGUGAUGUUGUGUAAAGCAUCACCGGCGUGCCCUAAUUGCAAGUUUAUGCAUUCACCUGAAGACACCUCUCUCUCACUUAUUUUUACUCCUAAGCCUACUUUGUUAGCUUAGUUAUUGUUUAGGUUCUAAUCUUAUUAAUAUCUAAUCACUAAUUAAUGCAUCGUAUUUAAUGUUUUCAUCGAACAAAUAUUUUAUUUGUUGGGAUGUUGUUGGAACUUUGAUUUAUAUAGUAUACGAUCAUUAAUGUGA